AGUAGUCGUAGUGAGUGUACCAAAAGAAAGACUCAUAACUGCAGACUCUUUGACUUCCUUCCCUUUCUUUUUCUAUCUAUUUCUUUAUAUAUUUCCUGUCACCUGCUUUGUAAGUAAGCUAACGGUCUCUGCAAAUUUCAACAUCGAUCCCUCCAAUCACUGAUUUAUUAUCAUAAAGAAGCUCGAUUUAUUUCCCGCCAAACUUAAUCCAACCAUGAAUCGUGAUCCUGGUCGAGGACGAGAUCUAGGUCGAGGUCGAGGACGAGGUCGAGGUCGAGAUCUAGGUCGAGGUAGAGGACGAGAUCGAGGUCGAGGUCACUGGCGCAGUCCCGGAGGAAGCGAGCAGUGGGUUCCCAAGGGGAGAUCUUCGGAUCCUUCUUCCCACAGUAACUACUCUGUUGGAGCAGAUGAGUCUUCUGAUGAUGAGAAACCUUUUAGCAACAGAGGAAGAAACUCGCAGCCGAAUUCACGAGGGUGGUUUCCAAGUUAUCCCAACAGUGCGGGUAACAUUUUUUGCCAGAAGGAACCAUUAGAAAAUAAGUCAUUAGAAGAUAGCAUGUCCAGUACGGGAAGGAUCCUCCACGACCAAAGCGCUCCCAGUUGCAGCAGUAUUGGGUCAAAUCAGUCAGAUUGUUCUGUGGCUUCAAAUUCAGUUAACAAGGGCGAUUCUGCAUUGAUGCCAGCUAUUUCAUGUUCUAGGGAUAUGAUGUCUGAUAUUGUUAGCGCUCCCUUGGAAAAGGGAGCAGUUGAUUUCUCUCUCAAAUUGAAUAGUACUGUCCCAUUGCAAAAUCAGAAUGAGUCUCAACUGUCAUUUCAAGAUGGUGCGAAUGGCCAGCUUUCACAAGAAAAGGAUCCCAAUAAUGUGGUAUCUGCUGGGGAUUCAGGGUAUUCAGAGCAACAGGCAGUGGUUGAGCCUUUUGAUAGUUGCUUGCCCAAGACUGGAACUACUCCUAAGCUAAAACCAGAUUGUUCUGUGGCUUCAAAUUCAGUUAACAAGGGCGAUUCUGCAUUGAUGCCAGCUAUUUCAGGUUCUAGGGAUAUGAAGUCUGAUAUUGUUAGCACUCCCUUGGAAAAGGGAGCAAAGGAUGGUGCAGUUGAUUUCUCUCUCAAAUUUAAUAGUACUAUCCCAUUGCAAAAUCAGAAUGAGUCUCACCUGUCAUUUCAAGCUGUUGCGAAUGGCCAGCUUUCACAAGAAAAGGAUCCCAAUAUUGUGGUAUCUGCUGGGUAUUCAGGGUAUUCAGAGCAACGGGCAGUGGUUGAGCCUUUUGAUAUUUGCUUGCCCAAGACUGGAACUACUCUUAAGCUAAAACCAUCUUUGCUUGUGAAGAAUAGAGAAAAGAGGAAUGAUGUCAGGCGGGCUGCAGGUGGGGUGAAUGGACAGAUACUAAGAUCUGGGAUGGUUUUACUAAAGAAUUACUUAUCCCUGCAUGAUCAGAUAAAAAUAAUAAAGUUAUGCCGAGAUAUUGGUCUGGGUCCUGGAGGUUUCUACCAACCAGUUUACCGUGAUGGUGGAAGAAUGCAUUUGAAAAUGAUGUCCCUGGGUAGGAGUUGGGACCCUGAUAGAGGUGAGUAUGUAGAACAUCGGCCAGUUGAUGGCGCUAAGGCACCCAUUUUUCCUAGUGAAUUCCAUCCGCUGGUUGACAGAGCAAUCAAAGAUUCCCAUGCUCUUAUAGAAAUAAAUUGUAAAUCUACAGCUGCUAAAGACAUUCUACCAUCAUUGUCACCAAACAUCUGUGUCGUAAACUUUUACUCAGAAAGUGGGCGGCUUGGUCUUCAUCAGGAUAAAGAUGAGAGUCAAGAGAGUCUGCGCAAAGGAUUACCUGUGGUUUCCUUUUCCAUAGGAGAUACAGGAGAAUUCCUAUAUGGUGAUCAGAGGGAUGUUGAGAAGGCAGAAAAGAUUUCGUUGGUAUCCGGGGAUGUACUGAUCUUUGGCGGGAUGUCUCGGCAUAUUUUUCAUGGUGUAAGUUCUGUUCAACCAAAGACUGCCCCGGCGGCCCUGCUUGAUGAAACAAAUCUUCGUUCAGGUCGUCUAAAUCUCACUUUCCGUGAGUAUUGAAGACCAUAAAUAUACUAUGAGUUGUUUCUAGUGAUUGUACACAUGACAGUUCUGUUGUGCCCCCCCGCUUAGUUUUGUUGCGAAGCCAUCAAUACUCGUGGAUGCAAUCUGAAAAACUAUCUUUUUUUAAUCUGCUGACUAGGGCAUACGAAAGCAUCCCAUACGUGUGGAGAUAUAGUUGGGCUGCUUGUAAGCUCUUAACUACAAUGUUAUUUAAAAUUUAAUACAUUAUUGGUUUUUGUUUAGUUUUAUCUGAUCUCUUACGAGGCCACGAUUUUUCAGCA